CUGUUAGGGAUGUGACCCUCCGAAUCACAGUGAAACACGGACAGUAUACGUUGCAAACCGGUUCCCUCAACAUGGCCAUUAUGUUCCCCAGAAAUUUGCAGACAACAGAAUUAUAUCAUCCAAGUACACGGUGUUGAAUUUUGUUCCAAAAAAUUUGUUUGAACAAUUUAGAAGAAUAGCCAAUUUCUACUUUCUCAUCAUAUUUCUUGUUCAGCUUAUGAUUGAUACUCCAACAAGUCCAGUAACAAGCGGACUUCCAUUAUUUUUUGUAAUUACAGUGACCGCCAUUAAACAGGGCUAUGAAGACUGGCUGCGACACAAAGCAGACAAUGAAGUCAAUGGAGCCCCAGUUUAUGUCGUUCGUAGUGGAGGCCUUGUUAAGACUAGAUCAAAAAACAUCAGGGUAGGUGACAUUGUUAGAGUAGCCAAAGAUGAGACCUUUCCUGCAGAUCUGGUGUUGCUAUCUUCAGACCGAGCAAAUGGUUCGUGCCAUGUGACGACUGCAAGUCUGGAUGGAGAGACAAAUCUCAAAACACACUAUGCCGUUCCGGAAACAGCAGUAUUACAAUCUGUUACAAACCUGGACUCCUUAAUCGCAGUCAUAGAAUGUCACCAGCCAGAGGCGGACCUUUACAGGUUUGUUGGAAGGAUCACCAUACGACAACAUUCAGAGGAUAUUGUAAGAGCUCUUGGACCAGAAAACCUUUUACUUCGAGGAGCGAGGUUGAAAAACACAAAAGAAAUUUUUGGAGUGGCUGUAUACACUGGAAUGGAGGCAAAAAUGGCAUUAAAUUAUAAGAGUAAAUCACAGAAGCGGUCUGCUGUGGAGAAGUCCAUGAACACUUUCUUGCUGGUAUAUUUGAUCAUCCUGCUGUUUGAGGCUAUUAUAAGCACAAUUUUGAAGUACGCCUGGCAAGCAGAAGAAAAAUGGGACGAGCCAUGGUACAACCAAAAAACUGACCACGACAGGAAUAGCAGUAAGAUAUUAAAGUUCAUUUCUGAUUUCCUGGCAUUCCUGGUUCUUUACAAUUUUAUCAUCCCUAUUUCAUUGUAUGUAACGGUGGAGAUGCAGAAAUUCCUUGGUUCCUUUUUUAUUGGUUGGGACCUUGAUCUUUACCAUGAAGAAAGUGAUCAGAGAGCUCAAGUGAACACUUCUGACCUGAACGAAGAGCUGGGACAGGUUGAGUAUGUGUUCACAGACAAAACAGGCACAUUGACAGAAAAUGAGAUGCAGUUUAGAGAGUGCUCAGUAAAUGGGAUUAAAUACCAGGAGAUCAAUGGAAAGCUUGUGCCAGAAGGUGUAACUAUGGAUUUUCCUGAUGGAGCCUCUACAAGCUUGAGUGUUGAAGAGGAACUAUUCUUCAAGGCAGUCUCUCUUUGCCACACUGUACAAAUAAGUCAUGAACAACCAGAAAGCUGUGUUGAUGGCCUGAGGUACUCCAAUGGUAUAUCCACCCAAAUGGAAUACUAUGCAUCUUCACCAGAUGAAAAGGCACUUGUAGAAGCCUCUAAAAGGAUGGGUGUUGCUUUUUUUGGAACCAGUGGUGAUAUAAUGGAAAUCAAAAUUCUUGGAAAACUUGAAAGGUACAGGCUUCUUCAUGUUCUGGAGUUUGAUGCAAAUCGUCGACGUAUGAGUGUCAUUGUACAGUCUCCUUCUGGGGACAAGUUCCUUUUUACCAAAGGUGCAGAGUCUGCUAUUUUUCCAAAUGCCAAAGGCGGAGAGAUAGAAAGAACAAGGCUGCAUGUAGAUGAGUUUGCUUUAAAAGGACUGCGGACAUUAUGUGUAGCCUACAGGAGGUUUACAGCAGAGGAAUACCAAGAGAUUGAUCAGCAGCUUCAUGAAGCUCGUACUGCACUACAGCAGAGGGAAGAACGCCUGGCUGAUGUAUUUGAACUCAUAGAGAGAGACCUAGAGCUGCUGGGAGCAACUGGCGUUGAAGACAAGCUCCAGGACAAAGUCCAGGAAACAAUUGAAGCUCUCCGACUUGCAGGGAUAAAAGUGUGGGUGCUUACAGGAGACAAACAUGAGACAGCUGUUAGUGUAAGCUUAUCUUGUGGACAUUUUCAUAGAACAAUGAAUAUUCUUGAACUUGUACAGCAAAAAUCAGACCGCGAGUGUGCGGAGCAGUUACGACAGCUUGCCAGGCGGUUAAAAGAUGACCAUGUGAUCCAGCAUGGGCUGGUUGUGGAUGGUGCCAGCCUCUCUCUUGCACUCAGGGAACAUGAAAAGCUUUUCAUGGAAGUCUGCAGAAGCUGCACUGCAGUUCUAUGCUGUCGAAUGGCACCAUUACAGAAAGCAAAGGUGGUCAGAUUAUUAAAAAUCUCACCAGAAAAACCCAUCACCUUGGCCAUUGGCGAUGGAGCCAACGAUGUCAGCAUGAUCCAAGAAGCCCAUGUAGGCAUAGGAAUCAUGGGAAAAGAGGGCAGACAAGCUGUAAGGAACAGCGACUAUGCAAUUGCGAGGUUUAAAUUCCUCUCAAAACUGCUCUUGGUGCAUGGUCACUACUACUAUAUUAGAGUAGCUACUCUUGUACAGUACUUUUUUUAUAAGAAUGUGUGUUUUAUCACACCACAGUUUUUGUAUCAGUUCUUUUGUUUAUUUUCACAGCAAACACUGUAUGACAGUGUGUACCUGACUUUGUACAAUAUUUGUUUCACUUCCUUACCUAUCCUGGUGUACAGUCUCUUUGAGCAACAUGUGCAUCCACAUGUAUUGCACACAAAACCUGGUCUCUAUAGAGACAUUAGUAAAAAUGCCCUGCUUGGAUUUAAACCUUUCCUUUACUGGACCCUUCUGGGUUUUGGGCAUGCCUUUAUCUUCUUUUUUGGGUCAUAUUUUCUGAUGGGGGAAGACACUUCUCUUCUUGGAAAUGGCCAGAUGUUUGGGAACUGGACAUUUGGGACCUUGGUGUUUACAGUGAUGGUUUUAACAGUUACCAUGAAGAUGGCUCUAGAAACCCAGUUCUGGACAUGGAUGAAUCAUUUUGUCACCUGGGGUUCCAUUGCAUUUUAUUUUAUAUUUUCCUUAUUUUAUGGUGGAAUCAUCUGGCCAUUUUUGCACACACAGGACAUGUACUUUGUGUUCGUGCAGCUGCUCUCCAGUGGAUCUGCAUGGUUUGCCAUAAUCAUCGUCAUCACUGCUUGUCUGUUUCUUGACGUCAUGAAGAAGGUGGUGUACAGACACCUUUAUCCUACAAGUACAGAGAAGGCACAGAUGUAUUCCAACAGAGUUACUUUAAGUGACGAGUUCAUCGCCCUGCAGCCUCUGUCACGGGCAAGGAAUCAGCUGAGCAAAAUUAGCUUGCUGAGACAGGAUCAGGUAUCAACUGCUUGGACUCAAUGUGCUGCUACACCAGCGGGGAGACAGCAUGCGUGCCUGUUAGAAGACUGCUGGAACGAGUGA